GCACACACACUCACACAAACUAACGGAUUAUCGGCAAUGAAUCACGGGUGUAAGGCGUCUGAUCCCUAAAGUUUAAGAGAGACCGGACAGGUCCGACCCACGGAUGACCGACAUGAGCGAGAGAUUUAUGGUCGUGCCGGUGGACCGCGGCGACGCGCGCGCAGGUGAAAAAAGAGUUGACGGAGAUUCCGUGUUUUUGGACACCUGUGCCGGUAAAGACGAACGGCGGGGAUCAGUGUCCAUCCUCGAGUACAGCAGAGAGCCCAACAGAUUCGGUGCUGGAAACCCGAGGGAAAGCAGUCCCUUCAUCAAUAACACUGAUGAUGAGAAAGGAAACCUCUAUGAUGGGAAAAACAUGGCACUUUUUGAGGAGGAGAUGGACAGCAAUCCCAUGGUGUCGUCGCUCCUCAACAAACUGGCCAACUACACAAACCUCACGCAGGGUGUCAGAGAACACGAGGAAGCUGAUGACGACGAGGGUGCCAAGAAGAAAACUGUCAAGAGUCCACAGAUGGGGACGUUUAUCGGAGUUUACCUGCCCUGUCUGCAAAAUAUCCUGGGAGUGAUUCUGUUCCUGCGAAUGACGUGGAUUGUGGGGACGGCAGGAAUCCUGGAGUCCUUUAUAAUUGUGUCCAUGUGCUGUUCGUGUACAAUGUUAACAGCCAUAUCAAUGAGUGCCAUUGCUACAAACGGUGUUGUUCCAGCUGGAGGUUCAUACUACAUGAUCUCCAGAUCUCUGGGUCCUGAGUUUGGAGGUGCGGUGGGUCUCUGUUUCUAUUUGGGCACUACGUUUGCUGGGGCCAUGUACAUCCUCGGUACGAUUGAGAUUCUGCUGACGUAUAUAUUUCCCAGCGCUGCCAUCUUUAAAACAGAAGAUAAAGAGCUGCAGGCCGAGGCCAUGCUGAAUAACAUGCGUGUUUAUGGCACGUGUUGUCUGACGCUCAUGUCUCUGGUGGUGUUUGUGGGGGUGAAAUAUGUUAAUAAACUGGCUCUGGUGUUUCUCGCCUGCGUGGUGCUCUCCAUCCUGGCCAUCUACGCCGGUGUCAUCAAAACCAUCUUUGAGCCGCCCGUUUUCCCAGUCUGUUUGCUGGGCAACCGCACGCUUCAGAACCACGACUUUGACAAGUGCUUGAAAACAGACAUAAUAAACAACGUGACGGUGACCACAAAGCUCUGGUCGCUCUUCUGUGAAGGGCCGGAGCUCAACGCCAGCUGUAAUGAAUACUUCACUCUCAAUAAUGUCACAGAGAUUCCGGGCAUCCCUGGACUCACCAGCGGAGUUAUUUCAGAGAACAUGUGGAGCAGUUACGGCCCUGCUGCGAUGCUGGUGGAGAAACCCUUAGAGGCAGAGACGGCCAGUGACACAUCACAGGACAUCUACAUGCCGUAUGUGGUCAAUGACAUCACCACUUUCUUCACACUGCUCGUGGGAAUCUACUUCCCCUCCGUCACAGGUAUCAUGGCAGGAUCAAACCGGUCCGGAGACCUGAGAGACGCUCAGCGCUCCAUCCCCAUCGGAACCAUCCUCGCUAUAGUAACCACCACCAUCAUCUAUCUUUCCUGUGUGGUGUUGUUUGGCGCCUGCAUCGAGGGUGUGGUGCUCCGAGACAAGUUUGGAGACUCAGUGAAAGGGAACCUGGUGAUCGGCACUCUGUCUUGGCCUUCGCCGUGGGUGAUCGUGAUUGGUUCGUUCUUCUCCUGCUGUGGGGCGGGGCUUCAGAGUCUUACCGGCGCCCCCCGUCUGCUUCAGGCCAUCGCUCGAGACGGCAUAGUGCCUUUCCUGGAGGUGUUUGGCCACGGUAAAGCAAACGGAGAACCCACCUGGGCUCUUCUCCUGACGGCUCUCAUCUGUGAGAGCGGGAUUCUCAUAGCCUCUCUAGAUGCCGUCGCUCCCAUCCUCUCAAUGUUUUUUCUGAUGUGUUAUCUGUUUGUGAACCUGGCGUGUGCUCUGCAGACGCUGUUGAGGACACCAAACUGGAGACCACGCUUCAAAUACUAUCACUGGGCUCUGUCGUUUCUGGGCAUGAGUUUAUGUCUGGCUCUGAUGUUCAUCUCGUCCUGGUACUACGCUCUGGUGGCCAUGCUCAUCGCUGGAUGCAUCUACAAAUACAUCGAGUACCGCGGGGCGGAGAAGGAAUGGGGUGAUGGGAUCCGGGGUGUGUCUCUCAAUGCCGCUCGCUAUGCUCUCAUACGACUGGAGGAGGCGCCGCCACACACCAAAAACUGGAGGCCUCAGCUGUUGGUUCUGCUGAAUCUGGACUCUGAGCUCUCUGUGAAACAUCCACGUCUUCUGUCCUUCACCACACAACUGAAGGCUGGUAAAGGUUUGACCAUCGUGGGCUCAGUGCUGGAGGGAACUUACCUGACCAAAGAGACGGAGGCCAAAAGAGCAGAACAAAACAUUAAAUCUGCCAUGACGGCCGAGAAGACCAAAGGUUUCUGUCACGUCGUGGCGUCGUCCAACCUGCGUGACGGCAUCUCUCAUCUCAUCCAAUCAGCCGGUCUCGGGGGGAUGAAACACAACAGCGUUCUGAUGGCUUGGCCUGCGUCCUGGAAACAGUCUAAUGACCCGCAAUCAUGGAAGAGCUUCAUAGAGACGAUUCGAGAGACCACGGCUGCCCAUCAGGCCCUGCUGGUGGCCAAAAACAUAGACAGUUUUCCUCAUCAAGAGCGUCUCACAGAGGGAACCAUCGACGUCUGGUGGAUCGUCCAUGACGGGGGAAUGUUAAUGCUGCUUCCGUUCCUGCUGCGGCAACACAAGGUGUGGAAGAAAUGUAAGAUGCGCAUCUUCACAGUGGCUCAGAUGGACGACAACAGCAUCCAGAUGAAGAAAGACCUGCAGAUGUUCCUCUAUCACCUCCGGCUGAAUGCUGAGGUGGAGGUGGUGGAGAUGCACGAAAGUGACAUCUCAGCAUUCACAUAUGAGAAGACUCUGGUGAUGGAGCAGCGCUCACAGAUGCUCAAACAGAUGCAGCUGUCGCGGACGGAGAGAGAACGAGAGAUUCAAAGCAUCACCGAUGAAUCGCGUAGCUCCAUUCGACGGAAGAAGCAAAGCGACGCUCACAGCUCGGGCGUUCAUAACCAGAGCAGCCAGCUAGAUGACGCUAGCCCAGAUGAGGCCCAGCUCAUACAUGACAGAAACACAGCGUCUCACUCAGCGUUGAACGACAAGGCUGACACGACGCCUGAACGUGUCCAAAUGACCUGGACCAAAGAGAAGUACUUCACCGAACGCAACCGAAACCGAGAGGCCAUUGCAAGCAUGGCAGUCCGGGACCUUUUCAACAUGAAGCCUGAGUGGGAGAGUCUAAAGCAGUCUAACGUGCGUUGCAUGCACACCGCUGUGAAACUGAAUGAAGUGGUGGUGUGUAAGUCACAGGACGCUCACCUGGUGCUCCUCAACAUGCCCGGACCUCCGAAAAACCAAGAAGGAGAUGAGAACUACAUGGAGUUCCUGGAGGUGAUGAUGGAGGGUCUCAACCGGGUCCUGUUGGUGCGUGGAGGUGGCCAAGAGGUCAUCACCAUAUAUUCAUAAAGUCACGUGAUGCCCAGCGCAGUACUGGCAGGAAUUCUGUUUCUUUUUUCGGGCGUGGUGGAAAUCCCAAUGCUGGCUUUUAUAGUGGCAUUACGCCCGGCUGUGAGUUUAAUAGAGGACGAUGGCGUUUUUUGGCCCUGGGGAGGAGAACGUGAAGCUCGUGUGGAAACGGAGACUGUGCACACGCGUGUUGAGAAGCCCGCAAAACGCCACGUACCGAACCGCUCAUUUAUGCUCAUUGACUCAGUUUCCUUUUGUUUUCUGUUGUUUGUUUGUACAGUCUAUGCUAGGUUUUUAUGUCUGUUCAUUGUGUAAAAUCUGCACGUGGCAAUAUGUCCACAUACUGUCUGGUUGGUUUUACGAAGAUGUCGAUAACUCUGCACAAUGCACACACAAUUUGCUGGUUUUAGUUUUAUAUCCAAAGUUUGUUUUAUUGGGCUGAAAUUCAGUUCACAAUGUUUUUAACAGCUGCUGUGCCGAGUCACACUCGCAGGAUUGUUUUAAAAGCCAUUUCAUCUGUUCAUCACGUCUGAUGAUAAACAUCACAACUAUGAUACCCGACUUAUCCAUAAAACAUCCUGGGCAGGUCUCCAUUAAGAACCUGUCCCUCAUUUUUAUUUGCAUACGGUUCCCCAUGUUCUACAUCCACUAUAUCUAUUCUCAAUAAUGUUCUAUCUUUCUUUUUUUUUGCAAAAUGACUGAUUCAUAUACCAGAUGUGAAAGACUUGGUUCUUGUUCAGAAGGGAAAGUUUUGGCUCAUAGUCUUUUGUGAAGAUGCUGAAUGUGUUACGUUACUGAAUAUACUCAAUUAUAUGAAAUGUGCAAUAACUUGAAAUGUUAUGAAGGCUUCGCUGACCUACAGUAAAAAAUCGAGAGUUUUGUAUUAUAUUAGCUGAACUGUUUAACAAAAGGAUAAAAGCCAUCACAUUUCACAUGCUGUUGUCUUAUCAAAAAACAUUUACUGUGUUCAGAGAAAUCACAGAGAUAAGUUUGUCUUUUUGAGUUCAGCUGGAUUUGCACAUUUAUUUGUUUGUUUUGAAAAUUGUAUCAUAAGAGGCGAGGGCACAGCUGUAGUGUGUAUGAUUGACCAGCACUGAACAUCGUCUCAUCCUCACAGCAAUAAAUGUGUUUUUCCCCAUCA